AUGAAUUCUGCUGCUUUGGACGAUGUUAAUAAACGAAUGUGUGCACUUGUAUCUUUCUGCUCUGAUAUCGACAAAAAAUUGGAAGCUCAAAAUAAAGAUGUUAAUGAUCAAAUUGCAUCUCUUAAAACUCAUAUUAACAAUCAAAUUGCAUCUCUUAAAACUGAUGCUAUUGAUUAUCUUGAUCUGGCGCAACAGAAAAACGAUAAUAAUUUCCAGAAAAUAUUACAGCUUCUUCAGAAUAAUGGCAACAAUUCAGAAUCUGCAUAG